AUGAACUACUUCCACGCUCUGGAGAACGGCUACAGGAGGACAUCCCCUGAUCACAACAGGAUUCAUGCCACUGAUGUGCUGCAUGCUGUUUGGUACCUCACCACUCAGGCUGUGCCGGGCCUUCCCACCCGGCUAACUGAGAAUGGGAUCCACACUGACUCAGACAACGGCAUUAGACCUGGGAGCACAGGCUUCCUGGUGUCCAAGAUGAACCCUGACCUGGAGGAAGGCUGCGGCUCCUUGUCGGGCCUCAUCCCCGGCCUGGAGCUCAUGGCCCUGUAUGUAGCUGCUGCCAUGCACGACUACGACCAUCCUGGGAGAACCAAUGCUUUUCUAGUUGCUACCAGUGCACCACAG